AAAGACAAGACAGAGGGAAACUUGUUGCCGAUAUUGAUCUAGUCAAUGAUACCGAGGACAAUCACUUGGGUCUGUGUACAGCCCUCUCAACAGCUGUCAGGAGCUUCUAUCUGCGUCUGCAUCUGCAUCCUCGGUGAAUUCCUCCACCGGGGCGCCGCCAAGGCAGGAGACUCGCCGCUUGUUUCACAGUUGUGAGGUACCGCCGGCGACACCAUGAGCCAGAGGUUUACUGUGACCGCCUUCUCCAAGAGCGACGGCGGCCGUAACGUGUCAGACAUCCAGGGCGAGGUGAACCAACUGUUCGAGGGAGAUGAACCCACUCCGAGCUCUUCAAACAAAGAGGUGUCUUUCAAUACGGAGGUGGUGGUCGUGCAAGGUGAUGGAAACCCCAAAGAAAGCAGCCCUUUCAUCAACAGCAGUGAUGCUGCGGAGAAGAGCCAGCAAUACGACGGCAAACAUAUGGCUCUGUUUGAGGAGGAGAUGGAGACCAGUCCCAUGGUAUCAACCAUGAUCAGUAGCCUGGCCAACUACUCCAGCCUCCCCCAGGGCAGCAAGGAGCACGAGGAGGAGGCAGACAAUGAGGAGGAAGACAAAAAGAAGAAGAAACCUAUCAAGGCUCCACAGCUGGGGACCCUGAUGGGAGUGUACCUCCCCUGUAUCCAGAACAUCUUCGGGGUGAUCCUGUUCCUGCGGAUGACCUGGAUGGUCGGCAUCGGAGGAGUCAUUGGCUCUUUUAUCAUCGUCUUCAUGUGCUGUUCUACUACCAUGCUGACUGCAAUCUCGAUGAGUGCCAUCGCUACCAAUGGAGUAGUCCCAGCUGGAGGCUCCUACUACAUGAUCUCCCGUUCUCUGGGGCCUGAGUUUGGGGGCGCCGUGGGCAUUUGUUUCUACCUGGGAACAACGUUUGCUGGGGCCAUGUACAUCCUCGGGUCCAUCGAACUCUUACUGAUCUACAUCCUCCCCCAGGCAGCCAUUUUUAAGAUGGAGGGUCUGGAGGGGGCCGAGGCGGAGGCGGCCAUGCUGAACAACAUGCGUGUGUACGGCACCAUUGUGCUCAGUUUCAUGGCCACGGUGGUGUUUGUGGGGGUCAAGUACGUCAACAAGUUGGCCCUGCUCUUCCUGGCCUGUGUCAUUCUGUCCAUUCUGGCUGUGUAUGCCGGAGUCAUCAAGACAGCAAUCGAGCCGCCUGACUUCCCAGUCUGUAUGCUGGGUAAUCGCCCGCUGAUCUCCAAAGGGUUCGACGUGUGCGCCAAAACACUGGAGAGUGGCAACGGCACGGUCACCACCAAGCUGUGGAAUGUCUUCUGCGACUCGCCCUUCCUCAACGCCACCUGCGACGAGUACUUUGUCAACAACAACGUGUCCUUCAUCCAGGGCAUCCCCGGGGUCAUGAGCGGCAUCCUCAAAGAGAACCUAUUUGGGAAUUACCUGGAGAAGGGAGAUCUGGUGGCUAAGAAGGGGAUUGCGACCGUUGAGGGCCCUGAUGACACGCUGACCAACUCCAACCGCUACGUCCUGGCCGACAUCACCAGCUUCUUCACCCUGCUGGUUGGAAUCUACUUCCCCUCCGUCACAGGGAUCAUGGCCGGAUCCAACCGGUCAGGAGAUCUGCGCGAUGCUCAGAAGUCCAUCCCCAUCGGCACUAUCAUGGCCAUCACCACUACCUCAAUAGUGUACAUGUCCGCUGUGAUCCUGUUCGGUGCCUGUAUCGAGGGAGUGGUCCUUAGGGACAAGUUUGGGGAGGGCGUCAAUGGCAACCUGGUCAUUGGCACCUUGGCUUGGCCGUCCCCGUGGGUUAUUGUCAUUGGCUCCUUCUUCUCCACCUGUGGGGCGGGGCUUCAGAGCUUAACGGGUGCCCCGCGUCUCAUGCAGGCCAUCUCCAGGGAUGGUGUCGUGCCCAUCCUACGGGUGUUUGGCCAUGGGAAGGCCAACGGGGAGCCCACCUGGGCCUUGCUACUGACGGCCAGUAUCUGUGAGAUCGGGAUCCUCAUUGCCUCCCUGGACGCAGUGGCCCCCAUCCUCUCCAUGUUCUUUCUGAUGUGCUACAUGUUUGUGAACCUGGCCUGUGCCUUGCAAACCCUCCUGAGGACGCCUAACUGGAGGCCACGUUUCAAGUUCUAUCACUGGGCACUGUCCUUCCUGGGCAUGAGUCUGUGUCUCUCACUCAUGUUCAUCUGUUCCUGGUUCUACGCCAUCGUCGCCAUGGUGAUCGCCGGCAGUAUCUACAAGUAUAUCGAGUUCCGCGGGGCGGAGAAAGAGUGGGGUGAUGGGAUACGAGGCAUUUCGCUCAGCGCUGCCCGAUACGCUCUGAUGAGACUGGAGGAGGGGCCGCCGCACACCAAGAACUGGAGGCCUCAGCUGCUGGUGUUGGUCAGUACAGACGUGGAGCAGAACGUGGAGCAGCCUCGUCUGCUCUCGCUGACUAACCAGCUGAAAGCAGGCAAAGGGCUGACCAUCGUGGGCACCGCCUUGGUGGGCACCUAUCUGGAGAACCACCCCCAGGCCCAGCGGGCAGAGCAGUCUAUGCGUAAGCUGAUGGAGACAGAGAAGGUGAAAGGCUUCUGCCAGGUCACCAUCUCGUCCAACAUGCGUGACGCCACCUCCCACCUGCUCCAGGCUAGUGGGCUGGGCGGCCUCAUGCACAACACGGUGCUGGUCAGCUGGCCGCGCAACUGGAAGCAAGCCGAUGACGUCCAGACCUGGAGGGAUUUCAUUGAGCUGGUUCGGGAGACCACGGCCGCCCACCUAGCCCUGCUAGUGCCCAAGAACAUCGCUGCCUUCCCGUCCAAUGGAGAGCGCUUCUCCGAGGGCCACAUUGAUGUGUGGUGGAUCGUCCACGAUGGAGGCAUGCUGAUGCUGCUGCCUUUCCUCCUGCGCCAGCACAAGGUGUGGAGGAAGUGCAGGAUGCGCAUCUUCACCGUGGCCCAGAUGGACGACAACAGCAUCCAGAUGAAGAAAGACCUGACCACCUUCCUGUAUCACCUGCGUAUCGAUGCCGAAGUUGAAGUGGUGGAAAUGCACGACAGUGACAUCUCAGCCUACACCUAUGAGAAGACCCUGGUGAUGGAACAGCGAUCGCAGAUCCUCAAGCAGAUCAACCUGACCAAGACCGAGCGAGAGAGAGAGAUCCAGAGCAUCACAGACUCAUCCCGCGGAUCCAUCCGCCGUAAGAACCCGGCGGUGGUGACCACCCAACUGAGUGUGACCGAAGAACAGCCCGGGGCGAGCAGCAAGGUGGAGAAACCCGAGGAAGAGUCUGCCUCUGUCGCUGUGUCCCCUCCCACUCAGGUCCAGCUCAUCCACGACAGCACCACCCCGACCAGUCCCGCCACCCCCCUGUCUCCAGCCACCGAGGGGGGGGCCCAGACCCCAGGGUCUGCACAGGUCCAGAUGACCUGGACAGAAAAGGCUGACGGCGAGCCGGCCAAGCCUCCUGGCACCUCCACGCCGGAGGGCAUCAAAGACAUCUUCAACAUGAAGCCGGAGUGGGAAAACCUAAACCAGUCCAAUGUGAGGCGCAUGCACACGGCACUGAGGCUGAAUGGUGUCAUCGUGAAGAAAUCCUCAGAGGCCAAGCUGGUGCUCCUCAACAUGCCCGGGCCGCCCAAAAACCGUUCUGGCGACGAGAACUACAUGGAGUUCCUGGAGGUCCUGACGGAGGGUCUCAACAGGGUCCUCCUGGUUCGCGGUGGCGGUCGUGAGGUCAUCACAAUCUACUCUUGAGAGAGCAGACCUCCCCCCCCCGAACCCCUUCAUCUCCCGAACCCCACAUCUCUCAAACUCCACAUCUAGAAAGAACACCCCCCUUCCAUUUGUUUUUCUAAGACACUCCCCUCACACCCAAGCAAUAGACCAGCUCACCUCGCCUCUCUCUUAAGUUAUCUUCUGUUUGCCUAACACACACACGGUUUAAAUAAGUUCGCCCCAUACACUUCCCUAUGAGCACAAGAAGUUGAAAAGACGUAUUUUGGGCAGAAGAAAAGCUGAAAAUACGUAUUUUUGGUUUAAGAAACGCUGAAAAUACGUCUUUUGGGUCAAAAAGAUGCUGAAAAUACGUAUUUUGGGUUGUGCUCACUGGAUUUAGAGCUACACCUUACUCUUCCAGGCUUUUUCCGGCCCUAUAUGAUGUCAGAGGUAGCUGCUUUUAGCCUCAUAUCCAAUAUAACAGAUUCUCAGAGACUUGUCCUCCCCCUCUUCGUGGCCCAAAUAACUUAUAAAGGAAAGGUUCAGUCCACUUCCAAUUCAGCCAGCAAGAUUAUCAGUCAAUACUGUGAAAUGAAAUAGCGUGAGAUUGCACCUUCUGCUGAAUAUUUUGCAGCUAGACAUCACUGCCCAGCUCCACCCCCUUUGUGUUAUUCAUAUCUGCCUUUUGGUCAAUCCACUAGUCACUCGGCUAUGGAGUCAAAGGAUACAGACGGUUAGGUGAGCUGGGGUUGUUCAGUGUGAUGUUUGUGCCUGUGUGUUUAUGUGUCACAUUCAUCCGAUUGUGGUUUGUUUUUACGAGGGGAUGUUUUAGAGUGCCAUCGAUUUGGAGUCACCUACCUGUCAACAUGGAGUAAACUUCCAAGACUGAACAGUGGAGGAUUGAGGAUGUUGACGUUGUGUAGCUAGUCGUGUAUAUCACCCUGCGAAACCACGGCGAAGAGAUAAUAUUGAAAAGCUUCUGCGGCAAACCCUGUUCAUCACGUGCGGAGAUGACCACCGUCGAGAAAAACUGCUACCCACGGUCAUGGUCGGUGGUUAGAAGAGAACAUGGUCAUUAUUUGAAUCCGGGUCAGUCGUGAAGGAAAGAACCACGGUUGGAGGAAGAUGGGAGAGAAACAAACAAGCCUUCCGUGACGACAUAGAUCGCGCUCGAUGAACUUUGACCUCACCUUGAGCACUCCGCAACAUAUUUGUUUUUGCUCACGCACUGUCAUCAUAUUUAUACUUGUCCCUUUUCCCCUUUCUAAGUGGCUAUGUGUCCUUUUUAGCUCCAGCCACUGUUAGUGCCAAAAACAACAAGGCAAGCUUGGUUUUAGAUAUUUGACACGUCGUUGAACUGUGAGGAGCGUUCUUAGUGGAAAGGUCGCUGACAGAAGAGCAGGGGCUCUUUCUCAAUUGUCUUUCCUCAAUUCCUGCUGUCCUCUUUCCUCGAUUCCUUGUGUUUCCUCGCCUCCUUGGACAGAGAAGGAAUUGAGGAAAGACCAUUGAAAAAGAGCAAGGGAGUGAUUAUAAGCAGUGACAUCAUCUUUGUCAGACACCUGAUCCCAGUGUGGAUCACUGUAAAUAGUGUACAAGCUCUGACGUAUUGUUAAGUAUGAGUGUAGUAUUUUUGUGACUUACUAAAAAGCUUCUAGUGGAGAAAAUGUUCCUUCUCUCAAAGGGUCGGCUCAAAACUGCUUUUGGAUGGCUUAGGCUCCUAUCACUAUGGUAACUUUCGCUGUAUCCUUGACGAGUACUGCACUGCACUGUCCACCACUGUUCAACAAGUGCUUUAAAAAAUUCACAGGUUCAUUAAAUGAACAUGUUAUUUUUCCAUCUAGAAAACAAAAUGUUGUUUAUGUUUAUAGACAAAAGUUAAACAUAUUUAUAUAAUACAGAUAUCAUUCAAAUUAUCGCUCAGAAAUAUAUUCUGUUGUUUUGCCAAAUUUAGAUAUGUUUACAUGUGCCAUAUAAAAAGUAUUUUAAAAUGAAAAAUAGAUCUAUGAAAGUGAAAUAUUGAUUAAAUUACAGAGUACAAAUUGUACAUUAGGUUGAUGGGUUAGCGUGCAAUUGACUAGUAAUAGAUGUAAAGUGAUGGAAUGGAAAAAGGGUUCCACAGCUAUGAAACUCACCCCAUCCAUAACACUGAACUCUAUGCAGUAGAAUCCAAAUAUGUGAUUUUGUAUCCACAGAAUUGGCACCGAUGUGAGCCAAUACUUAUGGCCCUGACAAUGAAUGGAUUAUUAGCUAAUUAGAAUAAAAACGUAUAAAGUGCAUUUUGAAAGGAAUGUGCAAUAGCUGAAAUUUGGUCUUACAUAUUCAUGUUAUUUUUUUACUCCUAUUUUAUGUAGAUGUAUUAAUAUCAUCUCACACUGACCAAGGACAGCUAUCAUCAUGUUUUCAUUUUGUGUUGUGAAAGACACUGUUUUUGGUCACUUGCACUUGUAUUAGAACUAUGAAUAUAAAUAUAUAUACAUAUAUACAAUAGAGGGAAUAAAACAAUUGACGAAACUAGUUUAUAGAGAUAUUGAACCCAGUAUUUAUGUUUAAAGUGUCGUUUGAAAGUCAGACUCAUAUGUUGUGAAUGCUGAUAAUAUUAUUAGAUUUAUUUGAAUUGUAAAUAAACAUGUCUAAAGGAACAUAUAUACAAAAUAUAUCAGAAAAAGGGUAAGCAUAUAUAGAAAUACAUAUCAGUGCUGGUGGUUUGUCUCCUCCCAGACAUGACCCGACUUUACAUAUUAACUAUUGGCCUGAGAGUCUUUCUGGACAGGAGUCAUUGUCCGCUUUGGAGGAGAACUCUCCUGAUGAUAUUAUACAAUAUUUUGAGGCAAUAAUUAGACCAUUAGGGUGCAAUUUGAUAGGGGGGUCCGGGGGAAGUCCCCCCCCCUGUAUUUUCCCCCUCUUUUCACAAAUGGAAUGGCACUCUUGAUUAUCCCAUCCUCUUAUAUUCACAUAUAUUUUUUUUUACAAAUGGACAAUACAUUCCCUUAAUAUGAUGUAUGAUUUUCUCCUAUUAUUACACAAUUUGAUUAAUAGACACUAGGUGAGACAACCACAUAUCACAGUCAAAUAUACAGGAUAUAAACAUUCCAUUCCAGCUAAACAAUGGUUAUACUGUAUUGCAUUUGGCAAAAAUAAACACAUUUUCAUACACAUGUAAAAUCUAUGAAUUACAAAUCUGAGAACAAUAAUAUCUCCCACACACAUGAAGGUACCCAUAAGAAAUAAUUUCUGAUAAAAAAACACAAAUGUGAAAAAUUGGUGGAUGUAGCGUAAUGGAAAUAAACUCUUCAAUUCUAUCUAUAAAGAAAAUAUUUUAGAUGUUGGUUAAAAAAGGAUUCAUGGGAAAUUAGUUUGUUUGAAUUGUCUUAUGUGAUUUCCUCAUGAUUUCCUCAUGGUUACAUAGCUAGUUAAACAUUGAAAACAAGUAUUUUGCAAAAAAGUUUGAGUUCACAAUAUUGUUACUUGUCAUAUUUCAAUCUUGCUAAAUUAAUGUUGGUUAACGUAAUAGGAGACCUUAUUAGUUGAAUGGAUGGGCCUUAGAGAUGUUCCUUUUGCUUUGUAUAUAACGCUGCAGUCAAAGACACUGUAGCCUACGAUGUUGUCCUUUGUUGUACACUGUUUUAUCACUGUGGACAAAGUCUUAGCGUUUUGUAAAAUGAUGUGCAAUAUUGUUUUUACUUGGAUAAUCGCUUUUCAUUAGAACACAUGAACAACUGACAAGUUGGCGUUCUGCUCAUCAGAAUGUUUAGAACCAGGUCUUAUGGACCAUAAAGUUAUCUUGUGUUCAUCUCCUCUGUGGUGGCUGCGACAGAAAAACAUUUAUUGUGAUUGAAAGUUUGAGGACCUAAUCAGUGGUUAAAAGAAACAAACUUGCCCAGUUUAAGCACUGAUUCAUAGCUUCCUCCUGUGGUAUAAGUGAGUACUGCAGCCAGUUGGCGUACAUCUGUGAGAGAUGGGUUCCAUUGAUCAGAUUUCGCCAUUACUCUGCAGUUUUUCACUGCAAAUAUAUACUACAUGUUAAUUUUAUUUUCGUCCUAUGACGUUAAGUAUAUGCGAGGACAGUUCUGGCAUGCAGUAAAAAAGAUAUAUAUAUUAGAAAAACAUCUUGAAAGAAUCACAGUAGAUGUUCGAUUUAAAUCUGUGUCACUAAAUCUGUGUGGUUGAGCCUCCCCCCAACCCUGUACUUAUACGUAUGUGAUUGCAGUAUAAUUCUGAAUAUUGAAUCAAAGAAUAGAAAACAAGCGCUUCCACUUCUGGUACUGGCUCUGCUUGGACGGCUUAAGGGUAACUCGGAAGCACCAACACUGACAUAGCUAUCUCAUCUAGGUGUAGAUACACGAAACACUCCUAAAUCUGACCGUUUGCCUGCACAAUUGUAGCAUGAGACGAAUCGGUUGGUGAUCAUUGUGAAUUAUUCUCCAUCAUCAAAUGGAUAUUAAGGGCUCCGAAACAUAUCUGCUCCUGUGUUAAAAAGGUUGUCCUUUCGAGGGGACACUCGGACACAAAAAAAAAACGAUGAAACAAAGAAACCACAAAUUGGAGUGUUGGCGUGUAGUGGCUCGCCAUAACUGUGGUUUUAGUCGACAAGACUGAACUGAGAUCCGCGCCACAACCUCAAGUCUGUCAGCUACUUAUCCUGAACCAAACGUGUUUAUACAAUUGAAAUUGGUGAUGAUAGUGUCCAUGCUGUGCAAGCAGAGCCCCACUCCAGGUCUGUUGUGUAACUCAAUGCAUGCACAUUAUCCUGAACAAGGUGUAUUACUGAAUAUAUUGAAGUGUUUGUGGUAUACUGUGUUCUGUUCAUAUUGUUUUAGUUAGAUCUACCCCUUUCUUUAGACUGAAUGAAUCACGAUUGUUUGGUAUAUUUUCUUUAAACUGGUCAAUCAGUGCAUCUAGGAUAAAUUAAUAUAUCAGUUACAGGAUUCUAUUUUUAUUCACUUUGUCGAAGAGGUCUCUCCACGUAUUAUAUAAAUUGUUUCAUAUAUAAUCUAUAUCUGCAGAUAACUGAAAUAUACUUUGGUAAUCCAUUUAACAAAAUGUUUUUGUGUGAAAUUGUUAUAUACCACACUAAUGAAUUAAAUGCAAAAUCACAAUUAUUUAGAUGACAAAUCAUAUUUUUGCCUUGAUUCCACACACUGAGGGCUCCUGUGGUGUUUCAGAAAUUGGCAGCUAUACCCCCCCCCCUAAUAUAGAAAUACACAAUUAUUUCAAAAACAGAUAUUUUGAGAUUGUCAACCAAAAAUGUAAAGACAAUGAUCAUGUAUUUAUCCAAAUACUACAAACAUCCAAUGAGCAGCCUUCUCCAUGUUCUUUUAAUGGUCUAGUUCACAGUACACAAGUCUGACCCAUAAGCUUCUGCUAUGGUUAGGGUGUCAAUCUUUAGCAUGAAUGUUCCUGUUUUAUAGAAGUCCCUUUGAAACCAAUUACAAAACAGAACAAUUCCACCAACUCAGAUCAACAUAAAAAAUAAGCAUUAAAGACAUUUUGGGUUUGUUGUGCAUACAUUUUUGUAUGAAUGUUUGGAAAAGGAAUGGAUGUAGAUAAAGGAUAUAUACACACACAACUCUUAAAUCACAAAGUGAACAUGUUUUUCCUUCAAAACCUUUUAGUCCUCUUCCUUGGUACUGUACAAGUAUUCUGGUAGAGUAGUAAUGUUCCUGUUUUUUCACGUGUGUGUGUGUGUAAAUAUGUGCACUUGUAAACACUGGGGGGGGGGGUCAUCUGUACAUGAAUCCAAAACAGUUAGUGUCAGUGUAUAUUUUGUGUCAGUGUUAAAUAUUUUAAAUAAAUGUAUUCUCUAUUGUGUUUCAUGGUAUAUUAAGACGGGGAAAAAAAAAAAGUAGUUUUAUCUUACAUUUCAAAUGCUUACAUCUAUAGCUUCUGGCGAUACCUGUUCCAUUUUAUAGAUUUGUCAGCACAAAAUGCAAUAAACCAAUACCAUUUUAUUACA